AUGGGGAACGAGGAGGAGGAGGGGGAGGAGGAGGAGGAUGUGGAACAGGACCUGGGCGACGAUCAGGAGCUCGUGGGAGAGGAGGAGGAGGAGGAGGAGGAGGAGGAGGAGGAGGAGGAGGAGGAGGAGGAGGAGGAGGACAAUCCAUUCCUCUUGGACGAUGAGGAUGUGGAGGAGGUGUUUCACAUUGACAAGCCCAUGCACUAG